CUCGCUGCCCAAGCAGGCUUAAAAAACUCGCACGAGGACAUCAGCGUCGAUGAACAAGCUCUCGUUCGCAAACGCAUCGUGAUUGUUGGGCCUCAUUGCAGAGUCUUGGGUUUGAGAAAAUCAAAGAGUGGCUAUUUGCACGCUUACCUCCAAUUGCACCUUUCCAUCACAUAUGGCUUUGCCUACCCAUGACCAACCUCCACCUUCACAUAGUAUAGCUGGCAGAGGUCAUUCCAUGGACGAUCAACCCGAAAACCUUUUCCUACCGUUUGUGUACGGUCCGCCCUCUCGCUCUGGCCUCCCAUGGUCAACCCUAGUCCUCUACGCGCUUGCCACAGUCGGAAUUCUCUCCCUAUUCCUGCAUCUCUCGGGCGGUCGCCAAAGAAAACCAUCCAAAAGCCAUAAGCGAAGACGAAAAGUGACCAAACAGGUCGUUCCAACCCCCACUGGCGGCUUAGCAGAUGCAUCCGAAGCUCAGCUUACAAAGUUGGUGCAAGUCGAAGAGGAAGAAGAGACAGAAUCAGAUGAGGACGAAACUCCGCGACGCGAUUACGGCAAAGUCGUCGGUGAUACUCUGACAAAUGCGAUGGUUAAUGGCGCUGUCCUACUUAAGCGUAGUCCAAUCCCAGAUUUGCUAGCAUCUAUGACUGGGUAUGGGUUGGAAGGCUACAAGCGUGUAAAUAACGCUUUUAACGUUGAGGAGAAGAUGGUGAAAGCAAGUCAGAAAGCCGUCUCUGCUGGAAUACAGGCAACUGGUAUCUUUGCGCAUGCGGCGAUCAAGGCCGGCCUCGCCUAUCAAAUGGCCCCAGGCCGGCGGGAGAAAGUGCAAAGAUUGGCUAUACGCGAAGGCACGGAUGACGAAGACAAGCGAGUAAAGGUUGUACGAAUUAUAGAGAACGCCGUUCCAGGCAGUAUACCCCCACCGGUACUGGUGGAUGUCUCAACGCAGACGGACGAGGAUCUCGUUAAUGGAGAAGCUACCGGGCCAGCUACUGCGACGGGUGGUGUUUCGAGCGUCCUUGCUUCUUACCUUGCCUCUUCUCUCCGUGUGGCGGGGAACGUUGCCACCGCCAGCAGUGAAGUGGUGCUCGGUAAAGAUCGGACACUGAAACUUUUGGGGGUGGACCCGAUAGAAGCUCGGCGCAAUCCAGACGCUCCCGAGGAUGGGAAUGUGAGAUAUAUCAACGUCGGAGGUAUUCUGUAUGCAACUACUCUCGAAACGUUGACUGCUGCCGAAGGUUCUCUCCUUGCCGAAUGGUUUGGAGAUGAAAGCAAGCGGGCUAGUCUGGAGAUCAAGGAUGGUAGUUAUUUCCUUGACAGAGAUGGUACGCACUUUCGACACAUCCUAAAUUAUUUGCGCGGUCUACCGACGCACGAUACUAUGUCGGGUGCCGCCUCACUAAAGCAGCUACUGCUGGAAGCUGAAUUUUACCGACUUCCUGACCUAGCCGACGAUGUGGCGCGUCGAAUUACAGAGGUGGAGCUCGAGGAACAAAGUGUGAUGGAACUAGUAGACAAGUUAGUUCGCCGCGUGAUUCCUGGUGGAAUUUCCGGGCGUGCGGUGCUUUUGGCGGGGAAUGCAUUGCUUGUGGCUACUGCUAUCGGUAUUUUGUGGCUAUAUUGAGCUUAAUGGGGCUGAAAAUUGGAAAGGUUUGUAUGAUACAUAUACUCUAGAUGCUCUUUUCGGGCAAAAUAUUAUAAUCCAUUCGCAUUCUUCUCGUAAAUGCAUCC